AUGGCGCAGCAAGCUCCGCAAAGCGCGAGAGACAACGUUCUGAGGCAAUCCGAUGCCAGUGCCGUGGACAAGGACGCGCCACGUGUGCGCGGAUACACGUUCGAAGAGGCAGGAGGGGCGGGGUCGGUGGUGGUCGAUUACGAGCAGCUGAUGGGCCGAAUGGGGACGACAGGCUUCCAAGCCACUGCUUUGGGCCGGGCUAUUGACGAAGUCAAUCGAAUGCUGGCGUGGCGACUGAGCGACGACCCGGUGAAGGCCGACGCGAAGGAGGAGGAGAAGGACCCGGCGUUCCGCGCGGGCGUGCGGUGCAAGAUCUUCCUGGGCUUCACGUCCAACCUCAUCAGCUCCGGCCUGCGCGAGACGCUCUGCUUCCUCGCCAAGCACCGACUCGUGGAUGUGAUUGUGACUACAGCGGGGGGGAUUGAAGAGGACAUUAUAAAGUGCCUGGCGCCCACGCUGCUGGGCGACUUCGCCCUGGCGGGCAAGGACCUGCGCGCCAAGGGGCUGAACCGCAUCGGCAACCUGAUCGUGCCCAACAGCAACUACUGCCUCUUCGAAGACUGGAUGGGCCCCGUGCUGGACCGCUGCUUGGACGAUCAGAAGACGCAGGGCGUGGUGUGGACGCCGUCGAAGCUGAUCGAGCGCAUGGGAGAAGCCAUCGGGCACGAGGAGUCGGUGCUGUACUGGGCGCACAAGAACCGCAUCCCGGUGUUUUGUCCGGCGAUCACGGACGGGUCCAUCGGCGACAUGCUCUACUUCCACUCCUACUCCUCGCCCGGCCUCGUGCUCGACCUCGUGCAAGAUGUGCGGCGGAUGGACGACGAGGCGGUGCAGGCGGACCCGCGGCGCACGGGCGUGAUCAUCCUGGGGGGCGGGCUGCCGAAGCACCACAUCUGCAACGCCAACAUGAUGCGCAACGGCGCGGACUACGCUGUGUACAUCAACACCGCCAAUGAGUUUGACGGCAGCGACUCGGGUGCCAGGCCCGAUGAAGCAGUCAGCUGGGGGAAGAUCCGCGUGGAGGCCAAGGCUGUCAAGGUGUUCUGCGAUGCCACCAUUGCCUUCCCCUUGCUCGUAGCGGAGACCUUUGCCCGGCACCUGCAGCAGGAGCAAGCAAAGCAGAAGGAGCCGACGAAAUAG